GGACUGGCGAAUUUCUUGGAGUUCACACUGAAUUUCACCGUCCUCCUUUUACGAUAGGAAACUAGCAAGUCCUUGACUCUGCUUCGUGUCAAUGCUGAAUACGAAUCCUAUUUUCCUUUGCCUGUAAAUCCAAAAACCAUGAAUCCACCUUCAAUUCCUCACUCUUUUCACUUCCAUAACCCUAACCCUAACCCUAAUCCUACCUUCUCCUUCUUCCCUUCCCACGAAAACCCUAAUCUUGUUUUUAAUUCGUUCUCAACGCCAACCCCUGACCUCUCUACUACUCUCUCUUCUCUUAACUCUCUCAUCUCUCUCACCCAACAAAUCCUCGAUUCCCAUUUUUCUCUCCUGAACUCCCAAAAUGACACUCUUGUGUCCUGCCCCUUCAACCGUCACCAUCUCAUGCCUCCAGAGUCUCUCUUUCACCAUUCCCUCCGCUGCCCGGCUCCUCUCAGCCUUGACCCUUUGAAUAUGUCGAAUUCCCCGAACCCGUCUUCAGAUGUACAGCACCGAGAAAGUCACCUUAUUCAAGGUAGCAAUACUGAGCUCUGCUUCUCUUUGGAUAAUUAUCUUGGUGAUUUGGGAUUGAGUUUCUUCUAUAAAGAUUGUCCAGGUGUUGUUAGUUUAAAUGAUAAAGAUAGUUCAAAGAAAACAUUUACUUUACCUGGUGUUUUAUCUGUGGAAUGCGCAAACUUUGUUGGUUUUAGAGAGGGAGAGAUAAAAGAUAAAGAUAUGGAGUGUUACAGCACUUUACCUUCUGAUUUGUGGGCUAUUCGGAGGGAAGUCGAGGGGUGGGCUGAUUGCCCAAACUUCUGUUCGUUUAAAGUGACGUGCGGAAUUUUGGGCUCAAAUAUGGUUGGAAACAAAGAUUUGAGAAGAUGGGUAAUUGCUAAUUCGCCACGGUAUGGCGUCUUAAUUGAUGGUUAUGCUGCAGAUCAUAUAUUAUUGCUGUUCAAGUUGUGUUUAAAAGCAAUUGUGAGGGAAGCCCUUGGUUUCUCAGAAGUGGAGAAGGUGGGUAGAGAUGUGAAGAAGAGAGAUUUGGAGUUGAGUUUGGAAUGUAGGAAUUUCAAUUGUCCUAUUCUGGUCCAAGUUUUGAUGUGGUUAGCUUUGCAGCUCUCUAUUUUGUAUGGAGAAGCAGGUGGAAAGUUAUUUGCAAUCAGCAUUCUUAAGCAAUGUAUAUUAGAAGGUGCAUUGAGGUUAUCAUUAUUACACUUGGAAAAAAGGAUGGCUGAAUUUUUCAAUUUUGGAGAACAAUCACAGAUUUCAAAUGUUAAUGGUACAGGUGCUGAGGAAGUUAAACUUGAGGAACAACUUAAAAUCAGCACAGACUCUAAACUAGUCACAACAGAGAGUGCAACUGUUGGUAGUGGGGUGAUUUUUGUGUCCCAGGUAGCAGCAGCAAUUGCAGCAUUGCAUGAACAUUCCUUCCUUGAAGAAAAGAUCAAGCAAUUACAAGCUUCCCAACAACUUAAUAGAUAUCGGAGGAUGGCUGAGCAUGCUUACCUUUCAGAGAGAGCUAAUGAGGAGAGGAAAAAACGUUCUAACUAUAGACCUAUAAUUGAGCAUGAUGGGCUUCCUCGGCAGCCAUCUGCUAACCAGGAAACAAACAAGGCCAAGACAAGGGAGGAGAUACUGGCUGAAGAAAGGGAUUAUAAACGCCGAAGAAUGUCAUAUCGUGGGAAGAAAUCAAAGCGGUCUCCAUUAGAGGUGAUGAGGGACUUAAUAGAGGAAUACACAGAGGAAAUAAAAAAUGCUGGAGGAAUUGGUUGCUUUGUUAAACAAGCAGAAGUGGGAGGGAUAGCACCAUUACCAACUGCUCAUAGCCCGCAUGUAGAUGUUGAUGACCAGAGAAAAAGUACUGAUGACAUAACAGAACCAGAAAGGGAUAGCCUAGAUCAUUAUGGGAAAAGGUCUCAACGUAACAAUGAAAUUAGAUCUGUGAGAUCAGAAGAUGCUUCAGAGAAGGAUAAUGAGCAAUCAAGAUGGAGCAAACAUGAGGACCAUGAUCAUUGUAAGGACCCAAGAAGUAGUGAUAUGAAGAGACGUAGUGAAGGGUACCCUGGAAGCUCAAAGAGACACAGAAAUCAUGGUGUGUCUGAUGAGCGAAUUAGUCAUAGAAAAGAAAGAGACAAUUCAGAAUCAAGUAGAAGCAAGUAUUAUAAGAACAGAAGGUCAUCCUCCAGUAUGAGCAAACAUCAGGCCCACAGAUCAUCUUACUCUAUGUCUAAUCCUUCAGAUGAGGUUCACAGAAGAAAGUUUGACCUGGAUUUUGGAAUUAAAGAUAGGAAUCACAGGAGCUUGUAUGAGAAUUUUACUUCUGACUUGGAGGAACCAAAGGGAUUUGGCGAUAGAUAUGAUCCUUAAGAAUCUCAAGACAGCCAUUAUGCAUAAACGUGGCAUUUUGAUUGGAAGCCAUUUUUUUUUGGCAAGAAUAGUUUCAUCAAUGUGCUAGCAGCUCUCCUUAUUAAUCUGAAAAGGCUUUGGGUAGUUUUCUAUUCUGGUAAGUUCAUAUAUGCUGAUGUUUAAGCAUGGUAUUAUAUAUUUGAAUCCAAAGUUUAGUAUUUGACAUGUUUUAUUCUAAUAACUUUGCAGUAAGAAGUCAUCGGGCUUCAGCACUGACCCGAUCUGUAUCCUCCUUUGUAUCCUUCAUUAUAUUUUUUAAUUAUUUGAUUUCUUUAGCUCGUUGGAACUUUGAUUUUGAUCCUCAAGUUGUCUUUCUUUCUCUUUUGAACAUAAGUUUUAUGGUAGUGCCAACAUAGACAUCUUUCAAUAUCCUUUUGUUGUGAACCAUAUCAUUUGAUCCUCUCCUAAUGGUUACAAUUUGCAAAAUCUUGAAUCUUCAAUUGGAGCUGUCAGUUUCAUACCACUACUGCCCAUGUGAUAUAUUUUUCUGAAUUCCAUUAUGACAUGCUAUUUCUAUGUGUAAUUUCAUUUUAUUGAAGAGAAAUCUUAAAAUAGUGAGAAAUUAAUUGGGAGUAAAAUUAAGGGAGGUGUUAUUUACUUGUCAUUACUGAUCAUGUUUAAUUUUCUAUACUGUUAUAUAUGUCUGUGUGUAGUGGGGUGGGGGUGCAAUUGGUUAUAUUUUGUCUACUAGAUUGACAUAUCAAUUUUUUUAAUUGACGGCCAACUUCUUUUUUCAUUUUUAAUUAUAUAUGAUAUCUUGUCGACAUUGUACUAUCCCCCUCUUCUCUUAUAUACAUACAGACAUACAUUAAUUGUGUUAUUGUUUCCUUCUAACUUCUAAUGAUAAAGCAAAUUGCAAACUUAGAUUGGCAGACGUUUCAAGGAAUAUUUGCAAUGUUUGAUUCAGUUUUAUGCAGAUUCCAUGAUUAGAAU